CCAUUUGGUUCUUCUUUCACUCGCUUUGCCAUUCAUUAUCCAUUGGGAGCCUCAUAUUUGUCUCAGACCACCGUGAAAUUAUGCCCAUAUUUUCUCUUCUUUCUGGUUCUACUAACCCUCCGACGACGACCUCCAUCGCUUCUGCAUAUAUAGGUGCGGAAUAGAUAGCUAUUACUCCAAUUCACUCACACAUUUAUCUAUUUCAGAUCUUAAAUACGUUUUGGAGGCUCGAUGUUGGGUUUUGAUUCUUUAUAUAGUAGGAUCGUAUUCUGGGUUCAUAUCUGAUCUUGUUUUAUCUGUCUAAAGAAGCCUUUUUUGGUGUUAUUAUUGAGAACUUUGAGAUAAAGCUGAAUUUUGGGAGGUGGGUUUUCUUUAUUUUUCUAUCUACUGGAAUGCGAAGCUUUGUCGAGGACUGAAUUGUUGAUAGGCUUAUUUAUCUGGUUAAGGAUUUUGUAAUGGUGAAUGCAAAUGACCCUGCUGAAUCAUUUUUAAAUUCCAUUCAAGCUGUUAGGGAUGUGUUUCUUCCGUUUGAAGCUGGUUUAAGGAAGGCUGUGAAAGAUUUGGAGUAUAGUUGGGCAGUUUCGAAACCGGCUUAUAAUAGUAUUCAGUGUGGGGUUAGAGAUAGCAACAAGAGUCAGAUUUGUUCUGUUAAGAAGAAGAGUUGUUAUUGUUUUUUUCAUGGUGAGAAGAAGAACAAAGGAUUGAGGAGAAAAGCUCCAGUCAAGGCGUUGUUGGGAAUUUUUCCUCAUAAUUGUGGAAGUAAGAUUGGGAAAUCAGGCAAAGGAUUGGAAGAGGAGGAGGAUAGCAAUGAGAAUGAUACAUGCUUGAAUUGUCUUCAAUUUCCUGUUACAUGGUCUUUGUUUCCUAAUGGUUUUCUUCAUUCCUUUUCAAAUCCAUUUAAGCUUGGCAAAAAGCAUGUUCGUAAAAAUGGUGCCGGGAAUAAUGAUUAUUUGUAUGUAUGUGCAAAUGCAUCCAAGCCACAGAUUUCACGUGAAGCAAAGUGGAGUUCGAGGUGUCAGGACACAAAUUUGAAACAAGACGAUGUUAAGAAAAUGCCAAUUGAUAAGCUCUUUGGAUUUAUUUGUGAUCAGUUGAUACAAAAUUUCCAGAAGCUUGAUUUGGGAGUCCAUCGUAGGAAUAACCAUUUGAGGGAUGUAUCCUGUACUUUGGAAGAAAAAAGGACAGAGAUUAUUGGGUUGUUAGGAAAUUUGAGAUUUGCGAGAGUGGGAGGCCUUCCUUCUAGCAUAAUUGGAAUUGAUUCUGCCAAAGAAGAGGACACUAGUAACAUUGUUGCUGGUGAAAAAGAAGAUAGUGCAGGAAGUUCUCCAUCAAAGUUGGCAAAUGGAUUACUUAGUAUUCCAUUAUCAAAUGUGGAGAGGUUGAGAUCCACAUUAUCCACCGUGUCUCUGACAGAACUAAUUGAGCUUGUACCUCAACUAGGGCGAUCUACAAAAGACUAUCCUGACAAGAAGAAGCUCUUCUCAGUCCAAGACUUCUUUAGGUACACUGAAGCUGAAGGAAGGAGGUUUUUUGAGGAAUUGGACAGAGAUGACGAUGGUCAAGUUACUUUGGAAGAUCUUGAGGUGGUUAUGACAAAACGGAAACUUCCCCGAAGAUAUGCUCGUGAGUUUUUGCAACGUACUAGAAAUCACUUGUUUUCUAGAUCCUUUGGAUGGAAGCAAUUUUUAAGCUUGAUGGAACAAAAGGAAUCAACCAUUCUUCGAGCUUAUACUUCUCUUUGCCUGAGCAAGUCCGGGACGCUAAAGAAGAGCGAAAUCUUGGAAUCACUUAAAAAUGCAGGACUCCCUGCAAAUGAGGACAAUGCCAUUGCAAUGAUGAGAUUUCUUAAUGCAGACACAGAAGAAUCUAUUUCUUAUGGACAUUUUCGAAAUUUCAUGGUGCUUCUUCCCUUUGAUAGACUGCAAGAAGAUCCUAGGAGUAUCUGGUUUGAAGCUGCUACAGUUGUUGCAGUUCCACCUCCAGUAGAUAUACCAGCUAGCAGUGUUCUGAAAUCUGCAUUGGCAGGGGGCCUUUCAUGUGCACUAUCUUGCUCUUUGCUGUACCCUGUUGAUACAAUGAAGACUAGAGUGCAAGCAUCAACCCUUACUUUUCCUGAGAUCAUUUCAAAGCUGCCUCAAAUUGGCAUCCGGGGAUUAUACAGAGGUUCAGUGCCAGCAAUUCUUGGACAAUUCUCAAGCCAUGGCUUGCGAACUGGGAUUUUUGAAGCAAGCAAGCUUGUAUUAGUAAAUAUAGCUCCUACACUCCCCGGAUUACAGGUGCAAUCUAUAGCCUCCUUCUGCAGCACUUUGUUGGGAACGGCGGUGAGGAUACCUAAUGAAGUACUAAAGCAAAGGUUGCAGGCGGGAUUGUUUGAAAAUGUUGGAGAGGCAAUUGUGGGUACUUGGAAUCAAGACGGUCUAAAGGGUUUCUUUCGGGGGACUGGCGCCACUCUUUUCCGCGAAGUUCCAUUUUACGUUGCAGGAAUGGGUCUUUAUGCUGAAUCUAAAAAGGGUGUCCAACAUCUUUUGGGUCGGGAACUGGAGCCAUGGGAGACAAUAGCUGUAGGUGCAAUUUCUGGUGGGCUUGCUGCAGUUGUUACAACCCCAUUCGAUGUGAUGAAGACCCGGAUGAUGACAGCUCCAGGAGGAAGGUCGAUCUCAAUGCAGAUGGUGGCUAUCUCCAUUUUACGGCGCGAGGGACCUCUUGGACUGUUCAAAGGAGCUGUUCCCAGAUUCUUCUGGAUUGCUCCAUUGGGUGCCAUGAACUUUGCUGGUUAUGAACUUGCCAAGAAAGCUAUGGAAAAGAAUGAAGAACAACAACAGGCUUCACAAAGGUUAGCUAGCUAGCUAUGCAUGCAUGCUUCAGUUCCAAUUUGGUGUACUUUGAAAUUAGUUUUUGUUAUCAAUUGCGGCUCAUUGAUGAUGAUGAGUGAAAGUUUUCUUGAGAUUUUGUGGCAGAAUGUUUUGUUUUGUUUAUUUUGGUUCACUAAAGAGGUUUUUGACUUCUGAGGAUUGAUUUAUUGGUGGCCAAUGAUGACAUUCUGCAUAUACUUUUAUGUCUUGUUUUAACUUGUAACAAUGUUAUUGUCUUGCAUCUUUACAUGUGCAAUCAUAUCCCACUUUAUUUUUU